GAAAAAAUAUGGCGGCUGAUGAUUUGCUUUUUCAUUAAGAAUUAACUUGUGAAUUUUGAGCUACUUCAUUGCAGAUUUUCUCUGUGAUCCGAGUCUAACUGACUUUUAAAGUACAGAUCAGCCAUGAGGCACAGUAUGCCCCCUCCUUUGAUGGCCCAGAGGGCUGUCCCACCAAAUGUGAGAGGGCCCCCACCUCGUGGACCCACAGGGCAAGGUCCCAGAGGGUCUUUAUUGGGUCAACCACCUGGAGGUUUUAUGAGGGGACCGUUUGAUCCAAGGAAUAUGAUGAACAAUACAAGACCGCCUUUUGGAGGACCUCUGGGCAAUGCUCCCAUGUUGCCAAAUAUGCAGUCAAGGCCCAUGAUGCCAAAUCAAAUGCCACCAAUGAUGCCAAAUCAGCAGCAAAUGCCGAUGCAGAUGGCUCAGCAGCAGCAGCUAUCUCAAGGCAAAGAUCCACCUAUGAUUGAUACCAAUGGUGACAUGUGGUUAGAACACAAGACUUCAGAAGGAAAAGUGUAUUAUUACAAUGCAAGAACCAGGGAGUCUGCUUGGGAGAAACCCAAAAACCUUGUUACUCCACCUGCGCAAAAUCAACAGCCUGCCCAAUCUGGACAGCAGACAUUGCAGCCAGUUCAAGGACAAAACAUUCCUCCUGAAGGGCAACAGCAACAAACACCAGCUGCAGAGCCAGAAGCAAAGCCAGGAGAUACAGUUAAUACGCAGCAGAAUCAACAACAAGUGGGAACUCAGAAUGGUGCACAGCAGGUAGCAGGCAGCACUAAUGUAACAGCAGAUAAACUACCACCACAAAACAAUCCUGGUAUGCCAUCACCUGGUCCUUUCCCAUCAAGUAUGCCACCUCCGCGACUGCCUCCCCCAGGAAUGAUUCCAGGUAUGAUGCCACCACGCCUUCCGCCAACAGGUAUGCCUCCCCCAGGUAUGCCUCCUCCAGGGCUGCCCAUGCCACCAAUGGGAAUGCCACUGCCUCCUAGGAGUGAUUGGUCUGAGCAUCGUGCAGGAGAUGGAAGGGUGUACUACUAUAACUCCAAGACUCUACAGUCUACCUGGGAGAGACCAAAGGAAAUGGACCAGCCACUACCUCCAAUGCCAGGGAUGCUUCCACCAGGUAUGCCUCCCCCAGGAAUGAUCCCGCCUGGAAUUUUUCCUGGGCUUAUUCGACCAGGGAUCCAACAAAAGCCUCCCCCUGUAGGAGGUACAGGAGUCAUGUCAGAUUCAUCCUCUCAGGGUAAUGCUGGGGAUAAGGAAAAGUCCAAGGAAGGUGAAGCAAAUGAGGAAAACAAUGAAGAGAGCAAGACAGUGAAAGAUGAAGAAAAAGAAAAUGAUGAAGCUAAGAAGGAUGAAGGCCAGGAAGAUGAUGGUGACAAGAGCAAACCUGUCGCCAGUCAACUAAUUCCAGGAACAAGCUGGUGUGUGGUAUGGACUGGAGAUGAAAAGAUGUUCUUUUUCAAUCCUACAACGCGACUGUCCAUAUGGGAGAAACCAGAAGAGCUGGAGGAUAAUGAUAAAGUUGAUGAUAUUGUCAGCAAGGGACCUCCUAAAAGGCAACCGUCAACUGAAUUAAAGAGAGAGAACAAGACUCCAACAGAUGAAGAUACAGAUGAAGUCCCUCCGGCCAAAAAACAAAGGACUGCAAGCCAAAGUGAGGAAGUACUUGAUGAACCAAUGACAGAAGAGGAACUCAAGGAAGAUGUGCCACAAUCAAAGCCCUAUGAAGAACAGGCUCCGCCAGCUGAAGAGCCUGUAGCUGUAGUCCAAACAACCAGAAAUGUGCCUGCACAGGAGAAGAAAAAGAUGCUUUCGCUUGAGGAGAGAAUGAAAGAGUUCAGAGAAAUGAUGUUAGAGAGAGGGGUGUCGGCAUUUUCAACCUGGGAAAAAGAGCUGCCAAAAAUUGUAUUUGAUCCUCGAUUUUUACUGCUGACCCAAAAAGAACGGAAGCAGUGUUUUGAAAAAUUUGUGCGCACACGGGCAGAUGAGGAGAGGCAAGAAAGAAAGAAUAAACUGAAGGCCAAAAAAGAUGAGUUUAAGGCUCUGGUAGAAGAAGCUAAAACUGCAGGAAAAACAUCGUUCAGUGAGUUUGCUAUGAAGUAUGGAAAAGAUGAUCGCUUCAAAGGCAUAGAGAAGAUGAAAGAAAGAGAGACUCUUUUUACAGAGUUUAUGGCUGAGCUGAAAAAGAAGGAAAAAGAAAAUCUGCGAGUCAAGCAAGAUAAGAUUCGUAAUGAUUUUGAGGAACUAUUGGAUGAACAGAAACUAGACAAUAAGGCUCAGUGGCGUAAGGUUCGUCACAAGAUAGAAAAAGACCCUCGCUACAAGGCGGUGGAAAGUUCUUCACAGAAAGAAGAGUGGUUUAAGGAACAUAUUGAACAAAUUUACAAGAAGGAGAAUGCAGAUAAGGAAAAAGAAAAAGAAAAACAGGAAAGAAUAGAAGCAAGUCUCAGGGAACGAGAACGUGAGGUCAGAGCAAGCCAAGCUGAACUUGCCAAGGCCAGAGAGAAGGAGAAGGAACAACACCUCAGAGACAAAGCUGAACAGCAUUUCAAUGCAUUGUUAGCUGAUAUGGUUCGCAAUGCAGAUGUAGGCUGGAAGGAGACAAAAAAGACAUUGCGUAAAGACCAUCGCUGGGGAAUGGCUGAUGCCCUGAGUAAAAAUGACAAAGAAGCACUUUUUAAAAGCCACAUAGAAAGCUUAAACCAUAGAAAAAAGGAGCAGUUUAGAAAACUAUUGGAUGAAACUCAUGAGUUAACCCUUACUUCAUCAUGGCGAAGUAUUAGAAAACUAAUUAAAGAGGACCCCAGAUACUCCAAGUUUUCGAGCCAGGACAGAAAACGUGAAGAAGAGUUUAACCAAUAUCUGCGAGAUAAACUGGCAGAUGCCAAAGGGGACUUUCGGCAAUUACUGAAAGAAACGCAUUCACUAACAUACAAAACAAAGAAACAAAUUGAUGAAUCUCAUAAACAUCUAAAAGAUAUCGAAGAAACUCUUAAGAAAGACAAAAGAUACUUGAUACUGGAAUGUGUUCCAGAAGAACGAAACAGAUUGCUCAACAGUUACAUUGAUGAGCUGUUCAGGACUGGACCACCCCCUCCUCCAACAGCUUCCGCACCAUCAAACAGAUCCAAAAUGCAUUAAUGAAGAGCACAAGAAUUGCACAAUGAAAACUGACUUUUACUCUCUUUGAAGUAAAUGAUAUUGACCUGAAUUUCAUCACAAAAUACCCUUGAUACUUUUAUUCAGUAAAUACAUGAAACUCUUUGAAAUUUGAUUUAUCCUAUGGUCCUUGAAAUUCUGUUUUAAAAUCUCUAUUAACUGGUUUAUGGCCUUUUUUUUUUAAAUGUUGAUGAGAAAAGAUUUGACAGAGAUUGUCUUUGGCCACAGUGCAGGCAUCUCAUAAAAUUAGAGUGAGUUUAUAUUACAAGCUGGGGAUUGUUUAUUCAACCCAUCAUGUUAGAUUUAGAGAGGGGGAUUGACCCCACCCCAUCCUCUCCUUCUUUUUGACUAUUCCUCACCCCUUUGGUACAAAUUUCUUCCUCUUUCUAUUCUUCCCCUUCUAUAAAAAUCACAGAUGGCAGCUAUAAUUUUCACCAAGAAAAUACUCAGUGGUUGCUUGCCAAUCAACAAUCAGAUCUUGGGAGUUACAGGGUUAAGACAGCUUUUGGUUUUACUCUUGUUUUGAAACUGAGUUACCUUUGAAAGAGAAAUGGUUUAAAGACAGUUUAGAGGUACCUCUCUUUUGAUUGAUUUUCAAGCUUUAUUUUUAGACUGAAAGCUUGAAAUUUAUCUGGGAUUGGAGAGAAAUGUUUAGCAUUGCUAUUUUUACAAAUUGUGCCUUCCUUUUUGCUCUUUGCCCAUAACAUUGUAAAUUUUGCAUUCAUCUUGGAAAAUCAUAUAAAAUGGUGCAGUCAGUUUAAAAUACAUUUCUUUAGGCAGCAUUUCUACCAAAUUUUCUUGAAAAAAAAAAAAGGAAGCAAGAAAGAUUAAGCUCUUUUUUUUGUCUUGUAUGCUCAUAUCUUGGCCAUUAAGGUGAGAAAAAUUAAGAUAUGACUAAUGUUUGCUGCUAAAAAAUAUUAUGCUGUAGUAUUGUCAUUUUUUUCUUCAUUAUUUAUAUGAUCCUUAGGAGUGCAUUUUGAACCUCAGUAUUUUAGGCUGAGAGCUUCAAUUUUGGUACUUACUCAUUGUUCUUUUAUUUUAACCUGUUAACCCCCCAGAAGUGAUUAACAUGUAACUUCACCACAUAAUAUAAAUACAUUAUCCAACAAACAGGUGAUAAGAAUACUCAAACUUAUCAGGUAGAAGUUAUCUUAAUCUAACAAAAAUUUCUCCUAAUUGAUUUGAGAGGAAAUGUGUAAAAGCUAGUGGGGAGAAUUAACAAGCAGAUCGUUGGAGUCAAUUGAUGUGUUCUAAGCUUAGGUCUUGCUUCUCAGUGUAUGCAAGAUUCUGUUAUCCUUUCACCAUUUCCAUUCCAUCUAGUAGUGUUUUUAAAAAUCUUCACCCUUUUAUGUAGAUUGUGAUGAUAAAAAAAAAGUUGUACCUUACAAUAAAAGUCUUUGGAAAAA